AUGGGGGCAAAAGAGCCAAUCAGAUGCUUUGGCGCGCCUGUGUCUCCGAGGGGCAAAAGAGCCAAUGGGAGCAGUGAGCCUCUCGCGGUGAAGGAGCCAAUCAGUGUCCGUCUCCACUUAGCAGACAUGCCAAAGAGCCAAAAGCCAGAUGCACACUGGGCUGGUGUUAUGUCCCUCUACGCUCAGGGAAAAUACAAAUUUUCAACUGGCCAGAGACCUGGGAGCAGACGUUGGAGGGCAGUGCUACAGAGGAUCCAGAGUUGUCCUCUGACUCCUUUGGUGUUCGGCCAAACUGUCAGAAAGGUCGACAUUUUUGGCAAAACAAUCCCCUGCCAAUGUGGUUACCAUGAGUCAAGAAAGCAGGCACAGGCACUACCAGAUCCACAGGCUGCACAGGAGAACAGCAGCACACCAAGGGCCAGUGCAGCAUCUGGAAGUGAGGAAGGUUCAGUUCCUGCUGCCAUGACAUGCGGUGUUUGUGCUGAGAAAGUUCCGGUGGACCAGUUCUCACAGCACCUAUUGGACUACCACACCCAGGAGCAGUGUGAACAUUGUGGUGUGAAGGCCCAGGGAACAAUGGGAUUAACACACCACCUUGAAAGAUGUCAUGCUGUGAAAUCACUCACAGGUGACAUUCCAAAAAUGUCACCUCCGGCCCCUUCAGCCUCCUCCUACUCCUCUACUGCCCAGGCCCUGGAAAUAACAGAAACACCAAACAUCCACACCCAAGAUGCUCCUGCUCCAGCCUCCCUCCCCACCAAGGACAAGACACCUGUCAUUUGCUCCCAAGAUGCUCCUGCCCCUCCAACUCCAACAGUUCUUGAGAUGGCACCAGCAAGUCAGAGUCACCACCGACUACUUCUUCCUGCCUCUGCCUCUGCCCCUCCUCCAGCAGCAACACCAGGGCUCCCGGUGCUUUUGUCCUGUCGAGAGUUAAGCCGGACUAGGUUUUUACCCAAGCCGUUCCUCAGGGUCAUCCGGCCAGGUGACCAGGAGUGGAUUGCCCACGUCCUGUAUGAAGCGAAUGGGCAGCUGAGACAGGACAUCCGGGAAAACUGGCACCACCCCCCAAGCCCAGUGAGAUCUGCAUCACCUCCAGAUCCACAUGACUAUUUUCGACAGAGGAUGUUUCUUUGGGCUCCAAUGCGCAUGUGGGGAAUUCCACUGAAAUGCACCCAGUGCAAACGAAAGAUGCACCACUCUGGGAUAUACCCCAAAGUCAGAGAGGUCAUCGAUGUGGCAUCUAAAUAUUAUUUGAUUGGAGGUGAUUACCCAAGGUGCAGCAAGUGCAAGCAACCUGUCUGUCCUUGGAGUUGUGACAUUUUAAAUCAGCUGGACCCGUCAAAGCGCAACAAAUUCCCUGCUGUGUUGACAACACAUCUGGCACUGGACAGGAAAUGUGUGACACUUCUCCGUCCGAGAACAGCAGGGAAUAGCUCCAGUUACCUGCAGCAGGCUUUUCAGGAAGCGCACAGUGAGGAGUGGGCUCGGAGGUCUUGUGACUAUUUCACAGAAUGUGAAAUGCACAAGAAAUCCUGCCUCAGCCAGACCCAGACUGUUUAUGUGCCACCACCGCCCUUCCGUCGCCUGCCCCUGGACCAGUGGUUUGAGACAGUUCAUGCAAAUGAUGUUGUUGGUCACCUGGACGAGCUCAAAGGUGUCAUCACCUCAACAUUUGGCCGAAUUCUCAAGCUUGACUCCACUAAAAAGGUCACCAAAAAACUGGCUGGAGGGAUUGAGGACACAGCAACAUGGAUGACCAAUAUUGGGAACGAGCAUGGUCAAGUUCUCAACUCUGUCCUUACAACCGGUGAGGGAGCUGGCCUGGAUGACCUGUGCCAAGGCAUCGUGAAACGGUACAGGGAUGCUGGUGAGCCACAGCCAGACGCCAUCUAUGUGGACAGAGACUGUUGCAGCGACAGAGGAGUGAGCCCCGUUCUGCAGUGGUUUCGGCCUUGGACGUGUACUGUGCGUUUGGAUGUGUUCCAUUUCAUGAGGCGGUUCACAAAUGGUCUCACCACAGAACACCAUCCACUGUAUGGCACAUUCUGCUCCAAACUGUCCAGCAGCAUCUUUGAGUGGGACAAGCAGGACGUCUGUCGCUUGAAGGAGGCCAAGCGGGCAGAACUGAAAAAGAAGCACCAUGGGCGUGAGCCAACCGAUGCUCAGGUGUUGGCAACCAUCAAUACGAGGGAGUUAGCGAGGCACUGCCGCAGGAGAACCGGGGGGGUAGAGGAGACCCGUGCCCGCAUCAAAUGUCUCCUUGACUCCAUGUGGCAGCUGGUGGAUGGCACUGGACUGCACCUCAUUAACCAUGAGAGCAUGUCUCGAGUGUGGGAGGUGCAGCAGAAACACCUUGCUUGCAUCCAGGAUCCACCAGGGGUGCAGCUGUACACCAACACUGGCUCAGGGCUGGAGAAAGGGGACAAGACACUGGAUGUCCUAAGAUGCGGCAGAGGGUCUUCCUCUCUUGAGAGUUUCCACAAGCACCAGUGUGCAUUCAUUCCAGGCAAGUUUUAA